ACAUGGACACAAGAAGUGAUGAUAGAAUAUUGAUAGUGGUACCGUUUCAUCAUGCUUACGGAUUGGGUUUGCUGUUACUCGGUCUUUUCGCGAACUGUACCUUGAUCAUAAUGCCGACCUUCGAGCCGCAACUCUUCCUAACUCUGGUGCAGGAAUAUAGGAUCACUUAUCUGCCGGUGGUGCCGCCAAUCGUGAUGUUUCUGGCGAAACACCCGUUGGUAGAUAGGUACGAUUUUUGCAGCGUGAGAGAACUUCUGUCCGCAGCGGCACCACUUUCAAAGAAUUUAUUACAGCAAGAGAAGCAGCCUUCGGCGGGACUAACAAUAAGUGCCGGAAGUGAGUUCUCGAUGCUGCAGCUGCU